AUGGCUUACUUCGAAGCGAGCGAAUGGCACGAGGGCGAGAAAGCCAUCCACAAACGCGCACAUCUCGAUUUUCGGGAGGACAACCCAACAUCGCCAUUUCUCACUCCAUGGGCUGCUUAUCAGGUUUCGCGAUGGCCACUUAUGGCGAUUGGAACCCUCGACCAGGAUGACCGUCCUUGGUGCACGAUAUGGGGUACGGGCGAGCCACCGCUAUCACAGCAGGUCGCCCAAAGUGUGAUUGCUGUCAAAAGCAAUGUUGACGCAACUUUCGACCCGGUCGUUGAGGCGAUUUGGAAGGGGAAAGAUGAUGGUGAGAUAGUGCGUGAAGAAGGGAAGGGUCGCCUUGUCAGUGGUUUGAGUAUUAAUUUAGAAGAGAGAGGAAGGGUUAAGCUUGCCGGUAGGCUCAUUGCUGGCGCUCUCUCCGCCGAUGAAGGAUCAAAGAGACAAGGUAACCUGGGUAAGUCGGGCUCGAUUCAACUCGUUGCUAAGAUCGACCAAAGCCUGGGCAACUGUCCGAAAUACCUCAACAAGAAAAUCAUCACCUCCUCCAAACCCAAGCCGGUAUUAGUCUCCGACUCCCCACAUCUGACACAGAAAGCUCUUGAUUUGAUUGAAAAAGCGGACAUGUUCUUCAUCGCAUCUGCGCACGAGCAUGAAGAUAUGGAUGCCAAUCAUCGUGGAGGACCGCAGGGUUUCAUUCGUAUUGAGCAACCUGAAAAUCCCGAGGAAGCGAGUACUCUCGUCUGGCCAGAAUAUAGCGGAAAUAACUUAUACCAAACGCUAGGCAAUCUCGAAGCGACACCUAGGGCUGGUCUAGUCGUUCCGGACUUUGAAACAGGGGACGUCUUAUAUCUGACAGGCAACACAAAAACCUUAGUGGGCGCCGAGGCCAGCAGGGUAAUCGCAAAGUCGAACCUUGCCGUUAGUAUCAAGAUCACGGCAGCCAGGCUUAUCCAGAAUGGCUUGCCAUUCCGAGGCAGGCCAGUUGAUGAUGCCACAAAGGGUCGUUCACCAUAUAACCCUCGCGUCCGCCACCUAGCAAGUGAACAGAGUGAUCCUUUCGGGAAAGCUCCUGGAGAUGAACCACCUGUGACCGCACAACUAUUGAACAAGACGAAAUUGACUCCCACCAUCACAAGAUAUCGCUACGCACUCGCUGAUGCGACAGUGCUGGGACCAUGGAAGCCAGGCCAAUAUGUCACCAUGGACUUCUCGAAAGAACUCGAUAUGGGCUACUCCCACAUGCGCGACGAUGACCCCACUAGUCUGAACGACGAUUAUGUAAGAACCUUUACCGUCUCCUCAGUAUCGAACUCGCUCGGCAGGCACGGCGAAGAGUUUGAGAUCACAUUGCGCAAGGUCGGCAGCGUGACGAAAUGGCUGGAGUGGCAGCGCGUGGGGAUGGCGGAGGUGGGAAUCCGGGGAUUCGGUGGUGAAUUCUCAUUCAACCAACAGCAAGGCAGCAGGAUUGGCUUUGUCGCCGCAGGCAUCGGUAUCACACCACUUCUGGGCCAGAUAGGCAAUGUCAACAUCUCAAAACUCCAAGUGUUAUGGAGUUUGGGAAUAAAGGACGCCGGCCUCGCUUUGGACCUGUUCACCCAAUACCCUUCUCUCAAGGACUCGGUGACCCUGUUCCUCACAGGCGAGACGGCCCUUCUUGAGAAGCACGAGAGCGAAAAGCCGAAGCUGCAGAAAUUGAUCGAGAUCGGCUCGCACAUUGAAAGACGGCGGCUGCAGAAAGACGACCUGGCAAAGGCAGAUGCAUCGGUGGAUGAAUGGUAUCUGUGCACUGCUCCGGCCUUGAGAAAGACCGUCCAGGACUGGCUCCCUGGAAGAAGUAUUGUUUUUGAGAACUUCAACUACUGA